CCAGCGACUGCACAUUUUUUUGACUCGAUUUCAUGAGUGCCGGUCUGCUCGUCCUUUGAGUUAUCAGAGUUACGGAAAUGCGACGAGACCGUCGAGGGUAGUUGACUGUGCCUUAGCAACCGAGUGAAAAUCGCGAUGGUUCUCACUUAAGCUGGAGAAACGGUGACUGAAUUUUCGCUUAGCUCUCAACCAAAUGGCUGUGAUCCGUAUUGAUAGUGUGCGAGGAAACAUGUGCCGGCUACAGGGUGUUCUUCUGUUUUGCGCCCUUUAUCUGACUGCAGUCGUUCUUGCCAACCCCCGGAGUUGCGAUUCAGUUAAAAGUGUACUCGAAUCGAAAGGGUUCGCCAGCCAGGGAAUACUCGAUAAGCCGCAAAAUGGCUUCAUAUGUGGGGAGGACAGUUGCUGCAAUGAUUCUUUGGAGAACGAUUUAAAGGCGCAAAGUCACAGCGACAUUGAAAAAUACCUCAAAGACACCGUAGUGAAGGUUGCCACUCUCGUUGAAACGAGGGCAAGGAAAUUCGAUGAAAUAUUCCGAAGCAUGAUGAACAAUUCGAAACGGGAAUUCCACGAGAUGUUCGAGCGAACUUACGGCAAAAUCUAUCUGGACAAUGCCGAGGUAUUCAGCGAUUUCUUCAACGAGCUCGAAACCUACUACAAGAAGGGAACUGUGCGUCUUGCGGACACUAUGGACACUUUCUUCGGCAUUCUCUAUCAGCGGAUGUUCACUGUUAUUAACUCUCAAUACAAUUUUGACGAAACCUAUAUAGCCUGCGUAAACAACCAUAUGCAAGAAGUGAAACCGUUCGGAGAUGUUCCACACAAGCUAACUCAGCAACUAAAACGGGCCUUUGUAGCUACGCGAACUUUUUACAAGUCGCUGACCCGAGCAGCUGAAGCCAUUCGAGAAGCGCCCUCUUUGCAUAUGGAUGAAGACUGUGCAAGGCAGUUAACACUAAUGCAAGUCUGCGGAGUCUGUAGAGGCGAAACCGGCGCUGGAUCUUGUUCGCAAUAUUGCAUAGACACCAUCGCUAGUUGUAUGAGAAAUCACAUCCAACUGAGCGAUAGCUGGGAUAAUUUUGUUGCUGCAAUCGACAAGGUGGCUGAUCGACUCACAGGCCCCUAUAACGUCGAUUCCGUGGUGGAGCCACUGAAUAUCAAAAUAUCGGAAGCUAUAAUGAACUUCCAAGAAGUAGGGGCUGAGGUAUCGCAGAAAAUCCAGCAGAAGUGUGGCACUUUAGGCCUCAAGAGACCCAGCAGGUCGGCAGGUUACGACAGCGAAGAAGACAACACUUCCAUGGAGCUGAAGUUCGAAACGAUGAAAAUGGGCGGCGGUGGGAAGAACAGAAAACACAAGAAGGUUCAGGAGAGAGUUGAGCAGCAGCAGCACUUAACUCUGGAGAAAUUGAUUGAGGAUAUCAAGAUCAAAAUAAAGACAACUAAACAAUUCUGGGUCCAGUUGCCCUAUCAAUAUUGCAACAACGACAACAUAUCGGCGGGUCCAAGUGACGACGGCAACUGUUGGAACGGAACCACGAUCGGCAGCUACAACUCGCCUACUUUCAAAGCUGAACCUACUGAAACCCCGCAGAUAAGUGGCCAAAUUCACAUCCUGAACGGUUUGACUGAGAAGUUGCGCAAAGCCUAUCAUGGCCAGGACGUGGAAAUAAUCGACGACAGUGAGGAAACUUUCGAAGGAAGCGGUUCGGGGUCGGGCGACGAGGAGAAUGAAGACACGUCGGAAGAAACCAAACAGGAGGGCGGCGAUGAUGACCUAACGAUCGAUAUUCAUAGAAUAGAAGAAGUUUCGUUACCUCCGGUGACGAGCACGUUCAGGCCAGAAGUCGUACGGACUUCCAGUGCUAACGUGAACUCCAUGUCGCUUACCAGGGCUCUCAUUCAGUUCCUCUUGCCCAUGGUGAUGGUCUGGUUCGGUGGUGCCAUUAAGGACUUGCUGUGAUAUUUGUAUAGUUCGUGUAAAUAGAGAGACAUAGACAAGUGUAGGGUUCUCGAAUGGACAGGCGUUAACGCGUGCCUUCUUUGCCCAUUCGAGUUACAUAAAUUUCUACAUAUGAAACGGUCAUUAUGUGUAAACUGUAUGGAGCCAGGACGACUUAAAGUAUGCCAAUCUCUAAAAUCGGCUGGUCUUUUCAAUACUGCCGAAUGAAAAAACACUUCGCCCAUCGCUGUAACUAUUGUAAAUAUUAAGUGGAAACUGCGAUGUCUAUAGUUGUUCAACCUACAAGCAACAAAAGUUGUGUCUGUUAUUAAAUAAAUAUGAUCCUUAAACAAGCCACCCCCUAGUUUAGGUUGUUUAUUGUAAAUCUAUGAAUGUCGGGUCCAAAACAUGUACUUACUUACUUACAGCUUCGAUUAAGAAGUUACAGGUUUUCAUACUUUAAUCGCCUAGCUAGCUAUACUAGAAUCAAACAUUUGUAUUUUGUGUAUAUGUUUCGUAUGACUUACAAGCUUAUGGAUUUCGCUUCUCAAAUCAAACGGAAAUAAUCAAGGUUUUUAAGAAAAUAUUUAUUUAUUUUGUACAAAAUAAAACAAUUAGAAACUA